AAUACUCCCGUUCGCCAGUUUAACAACUCCGAUACAGAUCUACUCGUUCGCCAUGGCACGUACCAAGCAGACCGCCCGUAAAUCGACCGGAGGUAAGGCCCCGAGGAAACAACUGGCCACCAAAGCCGCCCGAAAGAGCGCUCCCGCAACCGGCGGAGUGAAGAAACCCCAUCGUUAUCGUCCAGGAACGGUCGCUCUUCGUGAAAUUCGUCGGUACCAGAAGAGCACAGAGUUAUUGAUCCGUAAACUGCCUUUCCAACGGUUGGUACGUGAAAUUGCCCAGGACUUUAAGACCGACUUGCGUUUCCAGAGUUCCGCCGUAAUGGCGUUGCAAGAAGCCAGUGAGGCUUACUUGGUUGGUCUGUUCGAGGAUACCAACUUGUGCGCGAUCCACGCCAAGCGAGUCACCAUUAUGCCUAAAGAUAUCCAAUUGGCCCGUCGCAUCCGCGGAGAACGUGCUUAAUUCAAAAAUGUAACUCUCUCAUUUCACCCUUUGAAACGGCCCUUUUCAGGGCCACCAGAUUUUAACGGUGAAUUGUUAUAUUAUUGUGCGCCUUGAUUUCUGGUUUGAAUCAUGUGUUGGAUCUUGUAAGCAACGCAUUCAUCGUAAAUAUCAUNUAAUAAUUAAGAGGGAAUACCUACUCCCUCUCAUUCAUUUAACAUCAUAUUAUUAUUACUUUUUUUUUUUUACACGUUGCACAAGUCUUUUUAACCGAUAUUAAGCCGAAUAAAAAGUUCCAAGAUGCCUUCGGUAGACAUAUAUUUACUUUGCAAUAGAUAUUUGAAUAUUAAAAAUCUGAUUGAUAUGUGACCGGGUCUAAACACUACUCUCUACGGCUGCAUUCGAAUUGGGUCCGAAAAUAAUAGUAGUUUUCAAUUUUCUAUGAAUUGAGUCCGUGUAUAAUGUCAUAUUCACUGUAUCAUCGUAAUAAUAUCAAGUACGGAUAUAAUAUGAAUUACGUACUUUCCGGCAAUGAAAUAGUAUGCGUUUAAAUACACUUAUUAGGUAUACAACUAAGUUUAUUUAUUUUAUCGUAGUAAUAUAACAUGGAAUGCGUACGUUUUGGCGAUAAACAUUUUAAUUAUGUAUUUCAUAAUAUUCGACGAACUACUACUCUGAUAAUACCACUAAUGUGUUGCGUUCACAUUCCAUACAUAAUAGACAAGUCUCGUAAUAUUAUGUUUAGUGAAAAAUACAAGCGUAUCAUGUUUUUGAUGGUUUGAAAUGUUCAUUUCAUAAAUGUCCAAAAAAUGAUAUCGGACGAUGGCUAUGUGAAAAAAGAACAUUCAAAUCUUUUUAUAAAUGUGAAAAUGGAAUCACGAAAUCACGAACCUGACGAAGUAAAUAUUUUAACCGGGCAGACAGUGAGAAACUCUUAAAAAAUAAAAGCACGAGAAAAUCCUUUCAGGGCCACCAAAUUUUACAAUUGCCUUCACGGUGAAUUAUUACAUUAAUGUCCUUGUUAAAUAGUUAUCCUGAUUAUAAUAUCAAGUGUUAUCUACG